AUGGGAUCAAAUGAAACAAAGAUUGGUGGGGUGGAUUGUCCUUGCGAUGAAAAAGGAGACUGUGACGGUAUCCUUCACGCAGGCGGCGGUGGAGACGGCAUUGAGAACGCAGGAAAUUCCGAGAGACUUGAGGUGGAGGAGGACUACAAAGCUCCAAUCAAGGUAAUUGGAGUCCCCACCCUGCGGAUUGAGUUGUACGAUCCCGGAAACCUUAAGGUUAGAGGAAUUGUAAUUGAUGGGCUUGGAGUUGGUGGCUGA